AUGGUUCGUAGACGAAAACAAGGCGGGGGAAAUUUCAAGGGAAAAAAAUAUCAACGUAGCAAGAAACAAGAUGGCGGAAAUCUUUUUACAAAAUUGAAAAAGAGCUCAUUCUCGAAAAAACUUCUCGCCGCGGGAAAACAUUUGGCAUUGGGUGCAUUGGGAGGUGGGGAACAAACAAGAAACACUCCGCCCCCUAUGCCUGUUCGAAAAAAUUACCAACAAAAAGGUGCAGGAAUCAAAAAGAAACGCAAGGGUGGACAUGCUAAACUUAGAAAUACUAUACCGUCUGCAAAACAUGUAAUGUAUCAUCAAUAA